AUAAAAGGUCCAAGAGGGAAGUGGGUGGGAUGUGGUCUGGUUUCAGUGUGGUGAGGAGCCGGGCAGUUCAGAGCCAUGAGAGAGUGUAUUUCUGUCCACAUUGGCCAGGCUGGUGUCCAGAUGGGCAACUCCUGUUGGGAGCUGUAUUGCCUGGAGCAUGGAAUCAAGCCAGAUGGCACCAUCUCCCUCCUUACAUCCUCGGAGCAAGCAGACUCCUCCUUUGGAACCUUCUUCAGUGACACAGACUCAGGGAAAUAUGUACCCAGAGCAAUAUUUGUUGACUUGGAGCCCAGUGUCAUUGAUGAGAUAAAGACCGGGCCCUACCGCACACUCUUCCACCCAGAGCAGCUCAUCACUGGUAAAGAAGAUGCUGCCAACAACUAUGCUCGGGGACACUACUCUGCUGGCAAGCUGAUCAUUGACUCUGUCGUGGAGAGGGCACGGAAAAUGACAGAGCAGUGCAGUGGCCUCCAAGGGUUCCUGGUGUUCCACAGCUUUGGGGGCGGCACAGGCUCGGGGUUCACCUCCCUCCUCAUGGAGCGACUCUCAGUGGAGUACAGCAAGAAGUCCAAGCUGGAGUUCUCAGUCUACCCAGCCCCGCAGGUGUCCACAGCGGUGGUGGAGCCCUACAACUCCAUCCUCACCACCCACACCACCCUGGAGCACUCCGACUGCUCCUUCAUGGUGGACAACGAGGCCAUCUACGACAUCUGCAACCGCAACCUGGACAUCGAGCGCCCGACCUACACCAACCUCAACAGGCUGAUCGGGCAGAUCGUCUCCUCCGUCACCGCCUCGCUGCGCUUCAACGGUGCCUUGAACGUCGACCUCACCGAGUUCCAGACCAACCUGGUGCCCUACCCCCGCAUCCACUUCCCCCUCACCACCUACGCCCCCAUCGUCUCUGCCGAGAAGGCCUACCACGAGCAGCUGUCCGUGCCCGAGAUCACCAACGCCUGCUUCGAGUUCUCCAACCAGAUGGUGAAGUGCGACCCGCGCCGGGGCAAGUACAUGGCCUGCUGCCUGCUGUACCGCGGCGACGUGGUGCCCAAGGACGUCAACGCCGCCAUCGCCGCCAUCAAAACGCGCCGCUCCAUCCAGUUCGUGGACUGGUGCCCCACGGGCUUCAAGGUGGGCAUCAACUACCAACCGCCCACAGUGGUGCCCGGCGGCGACCUGGCCAAGGUGCAGCGCGCGGUCUGCAUGCUGAGCAACACCACGGCCAUCGCCGAGGCCUGGGCUCGCCUGGACCACAAGUUCGACCUGAUGUACGCCAAGAGAGCCUUUGUGCACUGGUACGUGGGGGAGGGCAUGGAGGAGGGGGAGUUCUCCGAGGCCAGGGAGGACCUGGCUGCCCUGGAGAAGGAUUACGAGGAGGUGGGAAGGGACUCAGCAGAUGGAGCAGAGUAUGAGGAGGAAUAAUGCUUUUAGCUCUGGCUUGGGUGAAGGUUUUUGUAUCCAAGACUUGCAGCUCCUUCCGGAAUGGAGUUGUGGCCUUGGACAGUGGAAAUCUGCCUUGGAAGCUUUGCAACUUGGCCAAACUCACCUCUUUGGCCAAGCUCUGUAUAGGCACUGAUAUGCCUCAAUAAAUGACUAGCAAAGCA